AUGGCCACAGAUUCCCCGGGAUCUGGCACCCUCACCAAUAAACUGCUGCCACUUCCCCAUGUCAAUAAAGUUGAAGGAAGUGUCGAAGAUAACAUAUCAUGCGCGAUAUUCUGCAGUACGCGUAGGAGCACGAAGCGGCUUGCGAAACGCGCCAUAUGGAACGGCCGUGAUGAUGCGUGUCAGCAAGCCGAAGACCACCUUAUAGCAGCGCGUUUAGCAUACUCGGCAGCCUUGGGAAUCGUGCCAGCUAGCGCUACGCACUACCCAUCCUAUCAUGAGGCGGGUCAAUGA